UCAAAGGCCAGGUUGCGACGUUGCUUGCUUUCUUACUAGGUAUAGCUGCUGGUAUAGACACUGUCUUUGCAAGGCUCUUUGUAGCCACGUUCGCACCUACGGCGACUUUGCCAUGGCUGCGUUUUAUGCACUGUGGACAUCCUAGUUUGUCACAGAUCGCAGCUUGGAACAUGCAGACAGUGUUAGCUGCGCACAGCAUGGCUCAGACUGCUUCUACUAAUUUCUCCGUAAAGGCGAGGGACGGCAAGGCACGAUGUGGAAUUUUGGUUACGAAGAAUGGAAGCAUUGAAACCCCGGCGGUGCUGUUAUAUACGCGGCGCGGCGGCCCUUUAUCACUAACAUCACCCGACAUGCUCGCCGCCGUGACGCCGCCAAUUCAGGGCGUUCAGCCUUGAGAACCCCGAUGCGAGCAUACUCCGGGAGUAUGGCAAGGGAGCACAUAAGUUCCUUUGCCUGGAGGGCUACUCGAUCUUGGCCAGCAACCGCGACCCGACAAUGUACGAGUUUGGCGCGCGUCCUUGCACCGACAAGGAGAUCCACGUCUCCAUCCACAGCGGUGGCCACAUGGUGGGCCCCGAGCGCUACAUGGAGACGGUGGCAGCUCUGCAGCCGGACAUGUACGUGACGCUGUGCGACGAGGUUCCCGCUGACUCCAAGCCCAAGCGUGUGUCCACCUCCGUGCGCCGUACCACCGCCUGGCUAGACACCUGCCUGCAGCUGCACGCCCGGUACCAGCAGCCGCAACCGCAGCAGGGGCAAGAGCAGCAGCAGCCGCUGCAGCGGGGACAGCAGCGCGGUCAGCUGAAGGCUGCGCAGCGGCAGAAGCAGCGGCAGCAGCAGCUGGAGCGGGAACGAGAGCGGCAACAGCAGCAGGGGCAGCAGCAGCAGCCACAGCAACCACAAGAGGAGGCGACUGAGGCUGCUGCCACCGCUGCACUGCAGCAGCAGCAGCAGGCUAGCGCGAACGGCGCAGCGGAUGGAGUUGCAGAGGACGGUGUUGGCGAGGGUCCCCUGUCGGGCAGUCUGGUGUUUGCAGCGCUGGGGGGCGGGGCGCUACCGGCGGAGCGGCAGCGGGCUGCGGCGGCGGUGGCGGGCAAGGAGGGCGUGGCAGGCUACGCCCUUUGCGGUCUGGGCACGGGCGAGUCCCCAUCGGCACGACCCGCCCUCAUCGCCGCCUCACUAGCCGGGCUUGAGGCCUCGUCCUCCUCCCCCACAGCCCCAGUAGCCGCUUCCACCUCACCCGCCUCCUCCUCCUCUCUGCAACUCCUGUCCAGCCUGCCAGUGUUCGCGGCGGGUGUGGGCGGGUCUCCUGAGGAGGUGCUGCAGGCGGUGGCAGCGGGGGUGGACCUGCUGGACUGCAGCUUCGUAGCGCAGGUGACCGCCGCCGGCUACGCGCUGACCUUCCCUCUGCGCCCUCCGCCGGACUGGCAGCCGCAGACCUCUGCUGACGCCUCCGCAGUAGAAGCAGCAGCCGCAGUGGAGAGCUCCUCGGGGCCCUUAACACUGACGUCAGCAGCACAGCCGGCAACCACAGCAUCGUCUCCCGAUGGCUCGGAUGAGACCAAGAUCAACCUGUGGUCCACCUCUUACAGGCUGGACACGGCCCCCCUGCUGCCCGGCUGCGGCUGCUCCGCCUGCCGGCAGCACACCCGCGCCUACCUGCACCACCUGCUGCAGGCGCACGAGAUGCUGGCGGAUGUGCUGCUGGAGGCGCACAACACCUCGCACAUGCAGGCAUUCGUGCAGGCCAUCCGUGAAGCCAUUGCGGAGGGGCAGCUGCAGCGCUACCAGCAGUGGUUCGCCAGCCUGCGAUCUGGCCCCGUGUUGCCGCCCGCAGGACCGCCCCGCAAGGGCAAGCGGCGGGCCCUGGGGCCGCCGGGCAGCCCUGCGCCAUCGGCGGAGGCUGAGGGGGCGGUUGAGGUUGAGGAAGGGGCGGGGGGCGACUCGCAUGCGAAGGGCAGCGGAGGAGCGGUGGCAUUGGGGGGUGAUGCGGUGAUGGCGGAGGCGGCUGAUGUUGGGGCGGUUGCGGCUGCCAAAUGGGUGCGGGUGUGAUGUGCGAGUGGUGGUGCAGAAGCACAGGCGGAGGGCGAGGAAAGGAAAGCGAACAGAAGGGUUGAGCAGGAGGGGCAGGAGAGGUGACUAUGCGGCGUGGAGCUCCGCGCCGCACCCCACCGCUGCCGUGUGGAUACAAUGCCAAUAAUGGAUGUGUCGGUUCGAGGCAUCGAACAAGG